UGCCUACAGGACCCCAGUUAUGCCAACUUUUUUUUAAAUCGCAAACAUUAUUUGAUUGAUAUGCCUCUUGGCGAUAAGAUCCAUACAUUGCGCGCAGCUUAGUGAAAACGCAAUCAGAGGCAAACGAUAUUGCGCUUGUAGAAGCAAGUGAUAGUAGUUAUCUUCUGACAAUCCCAACUGCUCUGAGACUCUUGCGCCAUUAUGUCGACUAGCGUUACUGAACCCGAACAGAAGCAAGAGCUUCAAGGCAUACGCAAGAACGGCAAACAAUGGCAUCCGCCGCGAAAAGCAUUCCGCCCUGGGUCCGGGUUGACUUCGUAUGAGCAACGAACGAAAUUACGCACGGCGGCGGCUGCGACGAAGGCAAGGGAAAAGGAAAUGAAAGAAGAAAAGGAGGCAGAAAGAAAGCAACGGGUUCAAGCCAUCAAGGAGAAGCGCGCAGCGAAAGAGGAGAAGGAGAGAUAUGAAAAGAUGGCAGAGAAGAUGCACAAAAAACGAGUCGAACGUCUAAGGAGAAAGGAAAAGCGCAACAAGCUCCUUAAUUCAUGAGCCUCCCAAUUAUCCUAAAGAACUACGUCUACGAUUAUUUCCUUAUAUAUUAAGGAGUGGUGGACACGCACGACGAAUCGACUUGAUAGUAACAGCAAAGCCUGUAGGAUCAAAACUCUUUUCCAUCGAUGGAGUCUGCGAGAUUUAUGGGCACGAAGAUAAUCAAGAAUCGGAUCCAGGUCAGAUUAUUAUCCAAGAUUGGGAACCGGCAGAUGGUAUCCAACACAUGGGAUUCUGCAAUUAGGGUUG